AUGUUGGUUGCUAGUAAAGGUGUUUUGGUACAAUGUGAUCCAUCAAUAAAGGCUUUAAUUAUACAGAUUGAUUCUCAAAGUCCUGGUAUUAUUUUAGAAGAAUUGGAUGAUACUCAUUUAUUAAUUCAACAAGAUAAAGUAGAAAUUGUGAAAAAUGAAUUGAAUAAAUUAUUGUCUAAAAAUAUUUACGAUCCCUUCGAAGAUGAUUCAAGAAUGUAA